AGAGAGAGACAGAGGAAAAAAAAAAAAGUGUGUUCGCUGCAGUCAUCGCGAUAAUACACCAUUUUGAUUUCCUGAUCGCGUCUUACGCGCAUCUGGUUUAAAAUCGACAGAGACGUCCCAGAGGAGAAGAGGAGUCCACCUUCAUUACACUCUUUUCACAUUCACCUAGCAGAAGAUUCAGCUUUCCCCACAUCCUUAAACACUUUUUGGCUGCCUGUUCUCUUCUUGAUCUUGAGUCACGUGAACCUUUUGACAAUCAAGUGCUCCGGCUUGUGAAGCAAUGUCUCAGAAGAACCAGUCAGAUGGUGGUGGUCAGAAAGGAUUCACGGUGGGGCGUGGCCUCCUGGCUGCUGCAAAGACCUUGAACUGUAGCAUGAAUGAACAGCGUUCCGGCAGGCAGAUUGGGGGCUUAGGUUCAGGGGUCAGGGUGGGUGGCGGUGGGAUGGAAGGUCAGGAAAGCGGUGCACAGGGGUCCCGUCUCGGUGGUAGUAGCCAGCUUGGCAGCACCAUGAAGCUCUUUGCUAGUUUGGGGCUGUCACCCUCUGACCUGGAUGCUCUGGCUCAGAUUCCUGAAGAGGACAUCAGUGUGGAGACGCUGCCCGAGAUCCUCAUGCAGUUGAAGAGCCGCAAAGGAGAAAGUGGUGAGCGGCACAUGUCGGCUGGCACCCGAGAUCUGUCCUCUAUGUCUUCUGAUGCAUCUUUUCGAGGAGGCAGGGACAGUUGGGACAACAUGUCCAUGGGGAGAUCAAGUGGUCCCUCUGCAGGUCAAGGUUCGGCUCUAACUCAGCAGCCCAUGGACUUUGGUUUCAGCUCCAUGCAAGACAUCUCCCCCAGCCGGGGAUUCAACUCUAAUUACAACAACAACAGUGGCGGUGCUGGGAACAGAGACCGACCAUAUUCUGAACUUUCCCGUAAUUCCUAUGGUGGGCUCGACAUGGGACUGCCGCCAUCCGACCCCAUGUAUAUGCAGAGGAGGAUGGGCUCCCCAUCACAGGGGAAAAUCCAAGACUUCUUGGGAGUUUUGCCCCCCAUGUUCCCACAUGUGUGCUCUCUUUGUGACUUUGAUGUGCAUUCCAACAUGGAGUGGAACCAACACGUCAGUGGACUUCGUCAUGCUGAAACCAGCAGGCAGCUCAUCAACAUGUAUCCAGACUGGGACCCUGGUAUGGUCUCCAACAGAGGCAUGGGACUCAUGGGAACCCCAAACCUGUCUCUGGGGUUGUUGGGACCUGGACCCGGACCUGGACCCAUGUCUUCAGGUCAGACAGGACGAGGCAUGACCUGUAACUGGGGUCUUGGAAGUUCUGGGCUGUCGGGGAAGAGCCAGCUUGGACCACCUAAGCCGAGAGGCCGCGUGGUGGUGGUGAAGUACGAACGGAAGCCGCUCAACGAGAAGGUUCUGUUUGACUUUGCUGAGCCCUUUGGACGUGUGAGGGAGCACCUGGUUCUCAAGAACAAGGCAUUCUUGGAAAUGAGCACUCACGAUCAGGCGAUGGACAUGGUCAACUAUUACCAGCAGCAUCCAGCUUCGAUGUUUGGCAAACCAGUGUUCUUCAACCUGUCCAAGGAGCUGAUGGUCAUUGAGAAAAAUGAUCGGUCAGGAGACAGAUCCUGGGAUGCCAAGGGUCUUGGCAGCAAGGUGGUUUUCUUUGCAAACCUGCCUAAAGAGACUGAAAAGAAACAAGAGCUGCUGACUAUUGCUGAACGCUUUGGCACUGUGGAGAAACAUCUUUUCUUGAACGAUCAGGCAUUUGUCCAGCUGGGAACCGCAGAGGAUGCAGAAAUGCUGGUGAAAUACCACAGUGUUAACCCGCUCACCAUCAGAGGCCGGCUGAUCCGCCUCAACAUCUGCACCAAGUACAAAACUCUCAACUUGAACCGGCGAUCAGGAGGUGGCGCAGGCGGGGACAGCCGCAGCUGGAAGAGCAGCGCUGUGACGUCUUCGUCCACCAGCUCUGCAAUGAAGUCUUCCUCAACCAAGAGCUCUUCAUCCAAAUCCAGUACACACAGCUCAAGGACUAAGGAGGAGGACAAGAAGAAGAAGAAGGAGGAGGACAAGAAGAAAGACGAGGAGGACAAGAAGAAGAAGGACGAGGAGGAGGCAGUCAAAGAUAAGGCAGAAGAGAAAGCUGCAGUGGAGGAGCCGAUAUCAAGUGUUCCUGUUAGAGGAGAGGGGGAGGAGCCAGCUGAUAAUGACACGGAGGAGGUGGAGCCAGCAAAUGAAUGUCUUGCUGAAGAAACUGUUCAGGAGUCCGAUGUCAUUAAAAAAGAGGUUCCUGAUGAUGUCACUGAGGCUCAAGGAGAUGUAGGAGGGGCUGAGGAUGAUGCUGAGCAGAGGGCGGAGCCACAGGAUCAGACUGCACCAAUGGAGAUGGAGGCAGCAGGGCCUGAAGAGCGCGAGGACAAAGAAGACGUACACAGUGAGCCUGGAGAAAGUUCAGACAACGUGGAAGGAGAUCUUCCCGCAGACGCAGAUGAGGACGUUCUGGAGAACAUGGAGGACUUUGUGACGCUCGACGAAGUGGCCGAGGACGAAGAUGAGUCGCACAGAGAAUUUAGCGUCAUUGACAACACGAAGGCCGGGUUUCUGUGGACUAAAAGAGGUCCGGUUCCUACCUGUUGGUACAGCCAGGGUGUGCUGAUGGUCAACUCUGCUGCACAGCGCUUCCUUGUGGUCACUUCUCCUGCCAUAAUGUGUCCUGUCUUCUCUCAGGGGAUGAGGGUUGUGAAUGUUCUGGGCUUCAGGCGAGGUUAUAACUUCCUCAAAGAGCUGCUGGGACUCGCCGAGCCGUUUGGGAAAGUGGUGAAAUAUCUGGUGCUGGACCUGAGACCUGAGGCGUACCUGCAGUUUACCACAGAAGAAGAAGCUCGAGCCAUGGCCAAGUUCUACAACAGUAAUGUGACGGCUUCUGUGUGCGGCCGCUCGGUGAAGGUCAAUCACUCCAUGACCUACCCAACCAUCCAGUGUGGUUCCAGCAGGGUGGUGUACGUGGGUCAGCUGCCCAACGUGGGAUACUCGGAUGAAGAGGUCCUGAAGCUGGCUGAGACCUUUGGAACUAUCAAGAGAUACUUCCUGAACAGGUUAAAGCGAGAGUGUUUCAUUGAGAUGGAGAAUCCAGAGGACGCAGAGAAAAUGUCGGAGUAUUACAAAUCGGAUCCAGCUCAAUUCUACGGCAGGCGUCUGAAAAUCUACGUCAGCAGGAAGUACCGACAGCUGAAAUACGGGCAUCGACGUGUGACAGCACCAGAAGAGAAGAAGGCAUCAAAGAGGGAGAGCUCCAAAUCCUCCAAACACGCCGAGGAACCUCCCGCCAAGAAGGUAAAAGAGGAGCCAAAGACCGAGGAGCAACAGGAGAAAGAAGAACAGGAGAAAGAGGAGGAGCUUGAGAGCGCUGAGGUGGUUAUUGAAGAGAGCGAAGAACACGUGACUGAGAACUCUGACGCCUGCAAUCAGAGCCCACCAAACGGGGGGCAGGAGGAGGCUGAGAAACAGAAUGAGGUGGAGGCAGCUGUCAGUCAGAACAGAGGGGAGGAGCAACCGCUCUCUGAUGCCACACCCAGUCCCACCUCCUUGCCUCUGCCGCCGUUUGACCCCGACAGCCCCGUUGGUGUGGAACACAUUAAGUCGGGUUAUUACUGCCGCGUCUGCUUCCUGUUUUACUCCAAUGAAGAUGUUGCAAAGCGGUUGCACUGCAGCACCCAAUCGCACUAUGAAAAGCUUCAGAAAUAUCUGGAGAAACGACAGAGUGCAGAAGAAUGCACGAAGCUGCCGGAGUGAAAGACACCCAUGCGAAUGUCUUCUUUUUUAUUAGAACAGGGCGCUGCCGCCGUCGUCGUUGUUUAUUAGUGUCGUACAGAAACGUGGAACCUGAACUUUGAAUCAUUUUCUUCACUUUAUCAACCGAAAUUAAGGUUUUGUUUUUUUUUUAAGUGACUUUUAUUUGGAAGUUUGACUGGUUGUGUUCCUCAGUAUAAAAAAAAAAACACUUCUGGUUCGAGACCCAACAUCCUGUGUGUUUUAGCUCAAGUAACCUGCAGGAGUUCGUGUUGGUUUGAAUAAAGCUUCUAAGUGUCA